AUGCAUCAAUGGACCAAGUUCCGACAAGACAUCUUGAAACUAACUGAACUUCAAAUACCCAGAUGGAUUCAGCUGCAAUCUAAUUCGUACUCCGUCCAACUACAUGGAUUCUCCGAUGCAUCUCAGCUAGCAAUGGCAGCAGUUGUCUACCUCAGAGUAACUGAUAAUGCCGGACAGUCAAAGGUCACCCUCAUCUGCUCAAAGACGAGGGUCGCUCCAAUUAAGCGUCUAACUAUCCCACGACUAGAACUUUCCGCAGCUGUACUUCUCGCCCAACUCAUAAAGCAUACACAAGUUACGUUGGAACUCCAAGAUGUCCCAGUAUUUCUAUGGACCGAUUCUUCAAAAACACUUGCAUGGGUCAAAAAUAACCCUAUGAAAUGGAAAGAAUACGUUGGAAACAGAGUCUCAACUAUUCAUCAGACAAUUCCAAAUGCAAUUUGGAGAUACACGUCAGGAAAGCUUAAUCCAGCAGACUGUGCUUCAAGAGGUCUAAACGCUUCUCAACUAAGUCAGCAUCAUCUCUGGUGGACAGGACCACCUUGGUUAGCUCAAUCUCCUGAAUAUUGGCCAAUCUCAGUAGCUCCAUCUCCAACAGAAGAUCUCGAGGAACGACCUGGCAUCUCUUUAACAACAGUAAUACAACCAACAAUCUGGGAUCUUAUUGAUCUUCCAUGUGUAAAAACCUUUCACAAGGAUCUUAAAAAAUUAUUACGAAUAACAGCACUAUGUCAGCAAGCCAUCUCAUGUUUUAAACAGAUCCCCAACUCGAACGUAUCAACAUCUCCAAUUGGACCUGCAGAUUUAGAAAAAGCAAAACUCUUCUGGAUAAAAGCAACUCAGCAAGCAUACUUCUCAUCAGAAAUCAGCACCAUCUUGUCAGGGAAACCACUAGCGAAGUCUCAUGCCCUCUCUAGACUAACUGCAAGAUUAGAUCAUCAAGGCAUACUUCGAGUCGGAGGACGUCUUCAGAACUCUCAACUUGAUUCAGAAAGCAAGCACCCACCAAUACUUCCGAGUAAAUGUAAACUGUCAGAACUUCUCAUCGCUGAUGCUCAUACUCGAACCCUUCAUGGUGGAACACAACUCACCUUAUCGUAUCUACGACGUCAGUGUUGGAUUCUGGGCGGCAGAGCCCCUAUAAAAUCCUAUAUCCAUCAUUGCUUAACAUGUGCUCGAACUCGAGCAGUCAGAGUUCAGCAACUCAUGGCCCCUCUUCCAACAUCUCGAGUCACUCCAUCACCAGUCUUUGAAACCACUGGUGUGGACUACGCUGGACCCAUAACUCUAAAAACAUUUCAGGGAAGAGGUGCAAAAAAGUUUAAAGGGUGGAUAGCAGUCUUCGUCUGUUUUUCAACGUCAGCAAUUCAUCUUGAAGCAGUCUCAGACUACUCAACCGAAGAUUUUUUGAACACAUUUCGAAGAUUCACUAGUCGACGAGGAAUCUGCCAAACAUUACAUAGCGAUUGUGGAACCAAUUUCAAAGGAGCUGACAAUGAGUUGAAACGUCUCUUCUCCCAGGCUACGUCGAAAUCACAAGAGCUCCAACGCCUACUAACCAAUGAUGGUACCAAUUGGAAAUUCAAUCCCCCAGGAGCACCGCACAUGGGAGGAAAAUGGGAAGCUGCAGUAAAAUCUGUCAAACGUCAUCUCCAAUCGUCAAUCUCUGAAACCAGCUUCACAUUUGAAGAUUUUUCCACUCUUCUAGCACAAGUUGAAGCAUUACUCAAUUCAAGACCUCUCAGUGCUCUAUCAGAUGAUCCAGAGGACCUCUCAGCCCUAACUCCAGGCCAUUUCAUCCGAGGAGCUGCGCUCAACUCAAUACCUGAACCAUCUCUAACUUCCCUAAAAGAGUCCAGACUAUCUCAUUUCCAACGGAUUCAGGAACGAUUUCAACAAUUUUGGAAUCGUUGGUCAGCGGAAUGCUUAUCUGCACAUCAGUCUAUCUCAAAGUGGCGCAACCAACAAGACGAUGUCAAACUAGGAUCUCUGGUACUAAUAACAGACGAAAGACUUCCCCCGUCAAAAUGGCCUCUCGCAAGAGUAAUCCAACCUCACCCCGGAAAAGAUGAACUUACUCGAAUAGUCACUCUUAAGACUGCUGCAACAACUCUUACCAGACCAAUUGUCAAGUUAGCUCUCCUUCCAUUGGCUCCUCAUCAGGAACAAACAGAUUGA